UUCUCGGCCUGCAAGGCCAACGAUGCCUGCAAGUGCAACGGCUGGAAGAACCCCAACCCGCCCACGGCCCCCCGCAUGGACCUGCAGCAGCCCGUGACCAACCUGAGCGAGCUGUGCCGGAGCUGCGGACAUGCUCUGGCUGACCACGUGUCCCACCUGGAGAACGUCUCGGAAGAGGAGAUCAACCGGCUGCUGGGAAUGGUGGUGGAUGUGGAAAAUCUCUUUAUGUCGGUCCACAAAGAGGAGGACACGGACACCAAGCAAGUGUACUUCUACCUGUUCAAGCUGCUGAGGAAAUGCAUCCUGCAGAUGAACCGUCCUGUUGUAGAGGGGUCCCUUGGCAGCCCCCCCUUCGAGAAGCCGAACAUCGAGCAGGGAGUCUUCAACUUCGUCCAGUACAAGUUCAGCCACCUGCCCCCCAAGGAGCGGCAGACCAUGUACGAGCUCUCCAAGAUGUUCCUGCUCUGUCUCAACUACUGGAAGCUGGAGACGCCCUCCCAGUUCCGGCAGCGCUCGCAGAACGACGACGUGGCCACCUACAAAGUCAACUACACCCGCUGGCUGUGUUACUGCCACGUGCCCCAGAGCUGCGACAGCCUCCCCCGCUACGAGACCACUCACGUCUUCGGGCGCAGCCUGCUCAAGUCCAUUUUCACCGUCACCCGCCGGCAGCUGCUGGAGAAGUUCCGGGUGGAGAAGGACAAGCUGGUGCCGGAGAAGCGGACACUCAUCCUCACCCAUUUCCCCAAGUUUCUGUCGAUGCUGGAAGAGGAGAUCUACGGGGAGAACUCGCCCAUCUGGGAAUCUGAUUUCACCAUGCCGGCCACGGAAGGCACCCAGCUGGUCCCACGCCCAGCAGCCGUCAGCACCGUGGCCGUGCCCAGCACCCCGAUGUUCAGCAAGAAACUCGGCAGCAGCUCUUUGUCCUCCAUGAGCCUGGACGCUAGCACGGCCGAGCCCGUGCCAGGCGAGAAGCGGAAGCUGCCCGAGAGCCUGACGCUGGAGGAUGCCAAGCGGAUCCGGGUCAUGGGCGACAUCCCCAUGGAACUGGUCAACGAGGUGAUGCUGACCAUCACGGACCCGGCCGCCAUGCUGGGCCCGGAGACCAGCCUGCUGUCGGCCAACGCGGCGCGGGACGAGACGGCGCGGCUGGAGGAGAGACGCGGCAUCAUCGAGUUCCACGUCAUCGGCAACGCGCUCUCGCAGAAAUCCAACAAGCGGAUCCUGAUGUGGCUGGUGGGGCUGCAGAACGUCUUCUCCCACCAGCUGCCCCGCAUGCCCAAGGAGUACAUCACCCGCCUCGUCUUCGACCCCAAACACAAGACCCUGGCUCUGAUCAAGGACGGCCGGGUGAUCGGGGGCAUCUGCUUCCGGAUGUUCCCCACCCAGGGCUUCACGGAGAUCGUCUUCUGCGCCGUCACCUCCAACGAGCAAGUGAAGGGGUACGGGACGCACCUGAUGAACCACCUGAAGGAGUAUCACAUCAAGCACAACAUCCUCUACUUCCUGACCUACGCCGACGAGUACGCCAUCGGCUACUUCAAGAAGCAGGGCUUCUCCAAGGACAUCAAAGUGCCCAAGGGCCGCUACCUGGGCUACAUCAAGGACUACGAAGGGGCGACGCUGAUGGAGUGUGAGCUCAACCCCCGCAUCCCCUACACCGAGCUCUCGCACAUCAUCAAGAAGCAGAAGGAGAUCAUCAAGAAGCUGAUCGAGAGGAAGCAGGCGCAGAUCCGCAAGGUCUACCCGGGCUUGACCUGCUUCAAGGAGGGCGUGCGGCAGAUCCCCGUCGAGAGCAUCCCUGGGAUCAGAGACACGGGAUGGCGGCCGCUGGGGAAGGAGAAAGGGAAGGAGCUCAAGGACCCAGACCAGCUGUACAACACCUUGAAAAACCUCCUGGCCCAAAUCAAGACGCACCCCAGCGCCUGGCCCUUCAUGGAGCCCGUGAAGAAGUCUGAGGCCCCUGAUUACUAUGAGAUCAUUCGCUUCCCCAUUGACCUGAAGACCAUGACCGAGCGCCUGAAGAAUCGCUACUACGUCACCAAGAAGCUCUUCAUCGCCGACCUGCAGCGCAUCAUCACCAACUGCCGGGAGUACAACCCACCCGACAGCGACUACUGCAAGUGCGCCAACACCCUCGAGAAGUUCUUCUACUUCAAGCUCAAGGAGGCCGGGCUCAUAGACAAGUAGGGGCUCGGGGGGGCCCUGGCGCUCCAGCCUCGUCUCCUGGCCUCACUCUCCCCUUGUAUCCGGAGCCCCCGGCCGAGGCAUCGCUUCCUGCCUCACUCUCCCAGGAGGAGCUCUUGGGCUUCUCUGAGCCCGGCUCAGCUGCUGACAGGUGGGGCAGGGCAAGGGGCACGGGUAGCUGCUGAACGGCCAGCGUGUGGCGCCAGCUCCCCUCCCGCUGCUAGGGGAGGCCCCUGGGACACGCUGGCUCACCCCUGGCCUCUCCCCUUGGUGCCAGGGCUGCGUUAGCCACCGGGGCCCCCUACCCCAGUCCAGGUGCCACUCAACCUGGGGUGUCUCCGCCCAAACUCGGAGCCUCGCCCUGGAGGUGGGAGCCCGGGCAGCACAGGUUGCCCUUGGCUCUGCAGUGCGUUCAACCGGGGCAUGGACCUGCUGGGCUUGAAAUUCCAGCUGGGCAGCACAGGCUCCACCCUGGGCGAGCUGCACCGUGUCUCUCUGGCCCGGGGCUGUAUGCAGGCGUUGGCCAAGGCUGCCCCACGCCCCUGGGCUCCGCACACGUCUGUCUCUGCUUUAUGGGCCGCGGCCCACCCCCUGCUCCCUCCCCCAGAGCCCAGCUGCCGGGUCCAGCCCCUCUGCAUCUCCCCUACGACCACUGUUCCUGCCGCAGCCGCCCGUGUUCCCUUCACUCCUGUUCCUGCCCCCAGGGAGCAUCCGUCCCUGCCACUCACCGCAUGAAUGUAAAACGGGGGCCGGCGUUCUCCUCCUCUGCCGGCUGGGGACUGCGGGGACGGGAGCUGCCCCCCUCUGGCCGUGCCUGGGGUCAGGCUCUUGGCUGCAGGCUGUGCUAGGUGGAGAUGAUCGGAGGGGGCUGGAUCAGCUCUCAGCCAUUCCUCCCCCCCCCACACACAGCUCGGCCUGGGGCCGAUCCUCUGUCCUCUCCUGCCCCCGGCGCUGCAUGGUCCCCUCUGGCUGUCAGUCCUGCCCCAGCCCUGCCUCCCUGGGACGAGCUAUUUGGCUAGCAUGAGCCCCUGCACUGUCACUCCUGUUGGGGGCCGUCUGUGCUGCACCAGGGUCUGACCCCUGCUCUGUGCCCCAGGGGUUCUCCUAGCUCCAGCUCACAGCGCUGCCAUGCUGAGCUGGGGGGGGGGAGACGGGACUGCUGUGCCCUUCUUCACACCAUGGGGCGGUGCCUACAUCUCAGUAGGGCUUGGGCUGCAGGGCCUGGGGCAGGGCAGGGUUCUCCUGGGUGGGGCAUUUCAAAAGGGAGUGCGGGGGGGGGGGUGACAGCUCAGGGGAAAUGGGUCCCAGGCUGGAGCCCCGUGUUGUGCUGUGGCGAACAGAGCGGUUAGUGGGGUGAGCGGCUAAACCAGGCCCCCUCCCUACUCCUUCCUCGGGGGCCUGACUGGAGUCACCUGGGCAAGGGGAUUAGGGGGCUGCUUCUCCCUGCCGCACAGCUGGGUUACUGACCUGUCCUACAACCCCUGGGGAACAGCCUUCUGCCUCCCCUCCGUGGCAGGGGGCCCCUGAGUCCUGGCAGAGCGACAGGCCCCCUCUGGCUCAUCGGCACCUCCCUGUGGUACAAGCCUCUGCAGCUCCUGGCCCGUGGCGUUCUCUGGCUCCUGGCUGAUGGCGCGAGACGCAGGCAGCGAAGAUUUCUCCCCGCAGUGGAACGGAUAGAAGAACAGGCAGGCCGCGGCAGCAUUUUGCUGUCCUGUUCCCCACUCUGCCCCCAGACUGGUCACUGUUGCCUUAUUCCCCCCCAUGCACUGGCCUGUCCCUCGUGCGCUGCCGUGGGCCCUUCCCAUCUCCCCCUUUCAUUUUUAUUUUCCUUUAUUUUUAUUUUUUUUAAAUAAAUGUACAUGGCCCCAGUGAA